GUCAAACACUGUCACAUGGCUAGGGCAAACAGGUAGGAGUUAUGUGGUUCAUAAGGGUUUUAUCCUUUUAAGUAGGCCGAAUUGUGGUAAUUAAGGCAAUCCUCUUUGUGUCCUCGGUUCCAAACACGUUCAAAGACAUUAAUCUAAACACUUUCUUUUAUAAAUGUAUCAAAUGUUAUGAUCUUACGCUCAGCCCGGCGUCCCAUAGAGCAGCCCCAAUAUUGUAAACGAAGUACGGUGCUCCACGUUGAUGUCGCAUGCAUUCUGGUAGCUAGCUAGCUAGCUGGGGUGGUUUUAUGAGUAAUUUCAGAUUUAUUUAGCUAGCUCCUUGUCAAACCUACAAUUAAUUAUGGUUGGAAAGAUAAAGAGAGUUCGCCAAAAGCUUCACCAGGGAGCUGUGAAACUUGACAGUCCAGGGAGCGGUGUCGCGAGGUCCACCUUACUUGAUUUGGAAACAGCACCAAUCCCUGCGGUUCCAAGUGGUUCUUUCUUUGAUGUAAACAAGACCAACCUUGCGUCGUCGCACGCAAAAAACGCAAAGACGACACAGGCGUCAAGUUCUUUUCCAUGUGGAAUCUUUGCUGGCACGAAAAUAAACCCUGAGGCCCUGGUGCAAACUCUGAAGUUCGAAGAACCUUCCAAUGAGACACUUGUGAAUAAAGGCCCAGAGGACAAGAAGCAGCAGUCGAAGAAGGAGAAGAUGAAGGAGAGGAGAGAUCGCUGGCUGAACAAGAUCAGCUCCAUCAAACUGGCACGGGAGCAGCAGGUGGCGCAGGCCAAACGGCAGGCCAUGCCCGUGGUGGGCGACAUGCGACCCCUGGCGGACGCCCUGCCCGAACUCUCCCAGCUCCUCCCUGCCACCAAGACGUCCACCCGCAGAAAGAACAGAGUGCCUGUGAAGAAGAAGCCAGAACCCACAGACUUCAGCCUGAUGAAGGCUUCUCAGAAACGCAAGCUCAUCGAGACCGAGACGAGUCGUUUUAGCGAAGCCGUGAAAGACCUGGCCUCCAAAACCAACCCCCUGGCGGCCAUCAGCGAACACCUGAGGAAGAGGAUGAGGCAGGAGGAGGAGCAGGGACCCAGCUAACUCCUGGAGAGGAGCGGCCCUGCAGCAGAGCUGGGGCACGGCUGGCUCCUGGAGUGACCUGUGUGCCACCGCAGCGGAGCAGGUCCCAGAGACAUUGCAAAGCCCCUGCCUUUAUUUAAGGAACUCCCCCGACACCCCACCAUCCAUUCUGUCGUCCUUCCAAAUGCCAGAUAAAACUGUGUUGGUUGAAUUGGUAGUAGUCAGUGUACACUAGAACGGUAAAACACCAAGGUCGACGAAGGUGCCGUUUCAAAGGAUCAUAUUAAUGUGUAGCUGAAGAUUCCAGACUGCAUUGAUGAGCUACCAUAUUGUCUCUCCUUGAAUUUUCUUACUGUAUAUCUUCCACUUUUCUUAGCAGUAAUAAAUUGCUGUAUAUA